CCUGCUCUUCGCGCGAGACGCUCCCGCGGAGGAAGCGGCGGGGCGCGUCCCGGAAGCGGUGCCGCAGUGGAGCCGAGCGCCCGCCGAGCCGCCCCGAGCCCAGCAUGGCCGAGCCCGACCCCAAGAGCGUGCAGGACCUCACCGCCGUGGUGCAGACGUUGCUUCAGCAAAUGCAGGACAAAUUUCAAACCAUGUCUGACCAAAUAAUUGGACGAAUUGAUGACAUGAGCUGUCGCAUAGAUGACCUGGAGAAAAAUAUAGCAGACCUCAUGACACAAGCUGGAGUCGAAGAACUGGAAGGCGAGAACAAGACCCCUGCUACUAACAAGAGUUAAAGUGGCUAAAUAAGGUAUGUCUCGGCCUCAUGCCUGAAAUUCUGAGAUUGCCAAUAAUUUAAGAUUAAUGCUGGAAGACUUUUUUUUUUUUCUACAAGCCCUUGGAAUUACCGAACAGCUUUUUGCAACUACUGUGUGUAAAAGCAUUUUUAUAUUGUUACAGAGCUUGCAUUCCUAAUGUAUAUUGUAUAGGUAGGAAUAGGUUAGUUUAUAUUUUGAUUUGUGUACUGUAAUUUCACUCUCUGAAUUCUUGUUAUGAGGAUCAAUUAGUUAUUAAAACACAGAUCUUAUGGAUCUCAACUACUGGGCGUAUUUUUUUUGUUGUUACUUUUUUAAAUACUUUUUCUAGACAUUUCAUUUUUGAUAGCUAAACAUCUAGUGACUUCGAUUAAAUGGAAAUCUUAACUUCUAUGUAACUUUGUGGAGUGAAGCACAAGUUUGAAACUUGGCAUUAAUCUUAGCUCUGAUCACCAGUCUUGACUAGCAGAUGACUAUGUAUUGUGUUUUCCUCAUAAAUGUAGUAAGGUGGUUUUUGGAAAUGUAAGACACUGAAUAUCAAAAUCGUAUCUCAUGUUCAUCAUAUUACCUUACAUGUGUGUUCCUAGAACAUAGAACAGAAAUACAGGUUAGACAUCAGAGACAUCUGUACACAGUGAAGCAAUGACUGCCGUUCAAAUGUGGUAUAUUUAAACAAAGAAUUACCAUGAAAAAUCUCACUAUGGGAUUCAAGUUUUUUUAACAUUGUAAACCUCUACUUUGUAACUGACCAUGUGUCACUUGGCAUCACCUUUGAACAGCAAUUAUGAUUAAAAUACUGAUACUUGACAGAUUAGGGAUGGGAUUGUAGGGGUGUGUGUUCUUUCAGUUUAAAUCACUGGUUUGUUGUACAACACAGUUUGCUAAACAAGGCAAUGAUGCUGAGUAACAAAAGGAGAAUCCAGUCAGAAUUGUAAAGCCUUACUACUCUUUGAAUAACAGAGCUGGAACUCUUCAAAAUAAUUAGUUUAGAAAAGUGUUUGCUUUUAUAGUCAUAUCCACAUUUAUGGGCCUGAAGUUUAACUGAUUACAUUAAAGUAUUUUGGUAAUUAUAAGUGUUUUUAGAAGAAUCUGUAAUAUGUCACUGGUGUGAAGAAAAAUGACCAAUGUCUCAUAUUACUGACAAUCAUUGCAAUCCUACUCCAGCUUGAAAUACAAAUUCAAGAAAGCACUAGUGGCAGUCAGCAGUUACAUGUGGACCCCACUCAAGACUGCUCUUUGAGUGCCACCAAAUUAGUACCUGUGUAUUACGAAGGCAAUAUGACAGGUCAUUUUUCAAAACUGAGAGGAAAUUGUAAUAAAAGCUGAUAAUAAUAGGGCAAUUUUGUGAACAUAGAAAAUGUAUCAAUAUACCUUGUAAUACCAGCCUUAGGCUAUUUUCAAUGUCAUUAAAAAAAAUCUAAUAAAUUAUUAUGUGUUAACAAAUA